CUCAACAACCUGAAGAAAAUUAAAGCUUCUGUUGCUGCGGAGAAAACAAAAUCCACCCUCUCCUCUCCAUAAAAGGAAGCCCCCCCUCGCUCCACUACCAGAGCAUAGCCUUCCUUUCUUUUUCUGGAAAACAAGAUAAAACCUGAAAGCGCUUUUUAUUUUCUACAGAAGCUAGCUGAGUUUAGCCAAGCUACCAAAGCCAUGAAGCAGGGCUCCAAGCACCAGCCAGAGAGAAGUUGGGCUGAAAUCUGCUGUUUUGGUUGCUCCUGCCUACAGCUCUUUUGGCCUCGACUUGUCAUGCGGAAAUUGCUCAACAUCACUGCCAAAGACUCCGAUUACAGCGCCGAUACCGAUGAUGAAGACGACAUUGGUUCUGACUCUGAAACCGAAGAAAUUUAUGAAUCGUGCAGAGAAUCAAGGUUUAGAGGGAACAGAGAUGAGGAACCUCUGCCUGAUCUAAAUGGCUUAGAUGGUCUUCCAAAGUUAAGGAGACGAAAGUCAGAGACUUUUAGGGCGCAAUACAUAAACACAAAGGAAAUAAGAGUAUGCGUUGGUACCUGGAAUGUUGGUGGAAAGGUUCCUCCUGAUGACCUAGAUAUUGAUGAUUGGAUAGAUAUCAAUAAGCCUGCUGACAUUUAUGUGCUUGGUCUUCAGGAGAUAGUACCAUUAAAUGCUGGGAAUAUUUUUGGUGCUGAAGAUAGCCGCCCAGUUCCAAAGUGGGAAAACAUCAUUCGUGAAACGCUCAAUAGAAUUCGACCUGCAACUACCAAAGUAAAAUGCUAUAGCGAUCCCCCAUCUCCAUCAAAGUUUAAGCCAUUUGAUGAUGUCCCCAAUUUAGAAGAGGAGAUUAUUCUUGAAAGUGAUAGUGAUAUUGGUGAAGAAAUUCAUCCAUUAGAUGAAGAACCCAAUAGUUUUGAUGAAGUCAAUAAUUCAGCCGGAAAUAAAAGUGUGUUCACCAAUUCUGGGGUUUCAGACUGUGGUGGUGGUGCUAAACUUGAUGUGCCAGUAGAACAGGAUUUACAGAGGCAAUUUUCUUCUCCAAAGAGGUUAGAUAGAUUGAAUUGCUUGCGGAUGGAGGAUUGUGCUGAAAAUGUAGAAAGCCCAGUCAGUCAACAAAAUAGAAAAUUUACCAGAAUGCUUAGGGGGAUUGAACAAAAUGGAAAAUUAACCAGAAUGCUUAGUGGGACUGAAAGGAUUGGUUUGAGCUGGCCAGAGCCUCCACUAAACUUGCUAUCUCAGCAUGUUUUGGAGAGACCAAGUUCUUUCAAAUCGAUCAAGUCUUUUAGAGCAACCAAGUCUUUUCAAACAUAUAGUUCCUUCAAGUCCAUGAACAACAUGGCAUCAGGGCUAGCUUUGCUUGCAGAACUUGACCUCGAAUCCCUCCUGAAGCGAAAAAAAAGAUCAUCAUAUGUAAGAAUAGUUAGUAAGCAGAUGGUAGGAAUUUUCCUCACUAUAUGGGUUCGUAGGAGUUUGCGCAGGCAUAUUCAGAAUUUGAAGGUAUCUACUGUUGGUGUUGGUGUUAUGGGCUACAUUGGUAACAAGGGAUCUAUAUCAGUCAGCAUGUCCAUACAUCAAACGCAUUUUUGUUUUGUAUGCACUCACCUGACAUCAGGUGAAAAAGAUGGAGAUGAACUUAAAAGAAAUGCUGACGUGCAUGAAAUACUUAGAAGAACUCAUUUUCAUUCUCUUUCUGCUUUUGGACUUCCCAAAAGCAUUCAUGAUCAUGAAAGAAUAAUUUGGUUGGGUGAUCUAAAUUACCGUAUCAAUCUGUCAUAUGAGAAAACAUGUGCUCUCAUCUUCAAGAAGGAGUGGUCCAAGUUGAUUGAGAGUGACCAGCUUGUACGAGAGUUGCGCAAAGGUCGUACAUUUGAUGGAUGGUCUGAGGGUGCUUUAAAUUUUGCACCAACAUACAAAUAUGAGUUAAAUUCAGAGAAAUACUAUGGAGAAGAUCCCAAGGUUGGGAGGCGCACGCCUGCAUGGUGUGACCGUAUCCUUUCUUAUGGUAAAGGAAUGAGACAACUAAGUUAUAGGAGGACUGAGCUUCAACUUUCUGAUCAUCGGCCUGUUUCUGCCAUUUAUAUGGUUGAGGUUGAGGAAUUUUGUCCGAGGAAACUACAGCGUGCUCUCACCUAUACUGAUGCUGAAAUUGAAAAUGAGGAAGUUGUGGCAGAGGAUAUUCAAUAUUGAUGGUUGGAAAGAGUCCGUUGAGUUGGAUCAGGAUAGGUUUGCUGGGAGAUCAUCAAGGGAGACUAAUCUAUGCCUGAGCCUUAGAGGCUGGGGGUGAGAGCUCCUACAACUCUUGAUAUUGCCUACAUCUUAGAUUCAUUCAUUUCAUUUUUUUUUAUUCUGUUACAAUAUUGUAUAUUGCUAUCAUUGUGUAAAUGCAUUAGCUCUAGGGUUUCACGACAUAGGUUAUGGAACAAUGCAGAUAAAAGUUAUAGUCGGGUUUGCAUGUAUGCAUACAGCAUCGGCGUUUGUAAAGUUUAUUGAACGUGCCCUUUUGCCACCACCUUUUGUUAGCCAAUAAAAAGUUGAUGUAAAGAUAUAGCCAAUGCAUGUUUUUUGUUGGUGGAGUUGCUAUUUUUUGGUUUAUGCCUCUUGGCAACACUACAUUCUUCUGUAUUAUUUGUAGAAGCUAUAUAUUGCUAUUUCUCUCUCU